CGUUGGAAAAAUGGGUUUACUGUUAACGAAUCGAUCACCAUAAGAAAUUUUUAGAAUAGUUUAAUCAAUUAGAAAUAGAAGAUUAUGCAAGAGUGGGAAAUCGUGUUAAAGAAACUGUUACUGUUGAUGAAGGAUUAUUAGAUGGUCUUCAACAUACAAUGGAACCCCUUUUAAGAUUCUCAGGUUUAACAACAACUUUAAAAAAAGGAAUUAUUGAUUUACUUAAACCAUUUACUAUUUGCUCAAAAGGUGACGUUUUAACACCUGAGCAAGCUAAAUUAUUGAAAUUAUUUCAACGUCCUUUAGCACAAUUUAAAAUUAAAGUUAAACUUCAUUGGAAUAAAAAUAAUGAAAAAGUUUAA